UUUUUUUUUUCAAGUGGAAAAGGCACCAAUUUCGUGGAAUGACCCUGGUAACUCUUGCACAGAUAAUUUUCUCACUUGUGUGAAGCAUUUUGGUAAACUGAAAGUUCUGUCUGUAGCUAAUGGGAUCUGAACUGGAGAUGGGAAAAUGUCCACCACAGAAUGCUGGAAAUGCAACCCAAGUGCAGAAUACUCCCCCCAACACUCACAUCUUGGGAAGUGAGAACACCCAAACAGUUGGCUUGUUUAACUCUCCCUCAAAUGCCUGCUGCUUCUGUUGGUGUUGCUGCUGCAGCUGUUCUUGUCUAACAGUACACUCUGCUAAGGAGGAAAGAAUUCUGACGACGAUCUCCGAAAAAGAAGAGGACGUUGAUACCAACCAAAUGCCUCAGCUCACUCUGGAGGAGGUACACACAUGGGGAGAGUCAUUUGAGCGGUUAAUAAAAAGUGCACAAGGUCGUGUGCACUUCCGACAGUUUCUUAAGACUGAGUUUAGUGAAGAAAACCUGAUGUUCUGGCUCGCCUGUGAGGAUCUAAAGAAAGAGACCAACAAAACCAUGGUAGAACAGACUGUGAAACAAAUGUAUGAGGACUACGUUUCUGUAUUGUCACCUAAGGAGGUAAGUCUGGAUUCACAUGCACGUGAAGUGAUCAGCAGGAACAUGCUGGAACCCUCAUCAUGCACGUUUGACGAGGCACAGCAGCAGAUCUACAUGCUCAUGCAGCGAGACUCCUACCCACGAUAUAUGAACUCCAGCAUGUACGCAGACCUCAUACAUAGCCUUGAACAAAUCAAUGAGCCUUAACAUACAUAUAUGAAUGUACAAAAGACCUAGACUUUAGACACAGGCCUAUUACACUUCCCUGAAGACCAGAUAGAUCCCUUUGGUCCUGUUUACACUCACCAUCCAUCCCAAGUGAUCAGGUCAGCCAAGACAGACUGGCAUACACAUCUUGUAUUUACACAUAUCUCAACUGCAUCUCCUGUGACCACUUGUUAUUGUAUUUUGUUGACAGAGUGCCCUCUGAUUUUUUUUUUAUUAUUUCAUUUUAUUUUAUAAUUUUAGUAAAAUGGAUGGAAUAACAUAUGGCUUUUACAAAUUUUAUUUAUAUAUAUUUAUUUAGAUCCAGUCACAUACAUUUUGGGCCAUAUAUACACUUUUGCACUAGUUCUAUUUUUAUUUCAAAUACAAUAUAUUUUAUUAAUUCUGUCAGUGCAUGGAUAUGCAAUUAAAAUAGCAUAGCCAUAAUUGUGCCUUGCCUUACAUAUUAGGAUAGGCUAGAAAAUGAUAUUGCUUAAACAAGUGUCAUUGGAAACUGGUGCUGUCAAGUAGUUUCAGUCCAGAUGGUUUACAAUUAAAAUGUGAAAUAAUAAAAAUAGAGGUUACACAUAUACACUCCAAAAAAGACUGAUAUUGAGGUAAUAAUAUCAACUCAGUCCAGCUCUGUGGUGGCAUCUGUUUAUGAUUUAAUGCAAUAAGUGCAUUUAAUGUACAAAUAGAGGUAUAUAACAGUAAAGUGCAAAACAAACAGACAAACAAAACCUGUGUCUCAGUAAUCUAGUUUACAGUCCUUAAUUUGAAAAUACUGUAAGCUACAUGAACAAAAUAGAUUCAGCCAUAUCUGGAAAAGGUAGCACAUUUUUCGUAAUUUUAAUACUAAGGAGGUUUUAGAAUUUAAGAGAUCUACUCAUAAUUUUUUAAAAAUUACUGAACAAUGCUGACAUUCAGACGUGAUUUUGGUGGUAGGAAAAACUGUUCCCCUUCCACUUCUCAGAUUGGUUUGUAAAAUGUCUUUUGAUGAGUUUGUCUACAUUACUGUCUAUAUCAUUAAUAAAGUCUGCUUUUGGGUUCAUUUUUGAAACAAAAUCUCAUCUCAAAGUACAGGGUUCGUACACAAUUUUAUCAAUAAAUUUCCAUGAUUUUCCAUGACUUUUGAGACAAUAUUCAUGACCUAAGGCUGAUGAUAACACUGGGCAACUUUCUGAGCGAUUUUGCCAGGCUACUUCUUUGAGCAAUGUUGCUUGGGCACUUUCUCACUGAGAAUGGGUAACAAAUUUAUAUCUGGAUAC